AUGACUGAUCUUGAUCUUGAAAGUGUUUACCAAGAUUACUUGGCGUCUUUACAAGACUUGACCUUCAACUCUAGGCCAAUAAUAACCAAUUUAACCAUUAUAGCUCAAGAAAAUGAUUUUGCUGCAAGGGCUAUUGUACAAGCAAUAGAAAAACAAAUCCAUAUUUGUUUGCCUGAACAUAAAUUACCUGUUUUAUAUCUACUUGAUUCUAUCUGUAAGAAUGUUGGCGGAACUUACGUUCAUCUAUUCUCAAGAAAUCUUUAUAACAUAUUUAUGGAAACGUAUAACUCUGUCGAUCAAACUACAAAAUUAAAGCUUGAAAAAGUGUUGAUUACAUGGAAAAGUGGUCCAAGUGGUGAACCAGUGUUCUCGAAUGAUAAUCAACCUAUUAUUCAACCACCACUGCAACAACAACCUUUACCUCAGCAAUACACGAAUACUAAUUCGAUCAGAGGAUAUUACAAUACUCAACAACAGUAUGUCAACAAGCCUUCAAUUCCUUUGCAUAAUCAAGUAUUCAUUCCUCCACCAGAACAGCAACAAUUAUUACAAGAAUGUAAAUCGUUAAUUUUGUCACGUCAACAAAAUCCAUCAGAUUUAACUAAUCAAAACCAAAUCACUUAUCUGCAAAAGUUAUCUGAAGCACUUCAACAAAAAUUUGUUACAAAUGAAGAAAUUCAGCAGAUAAGACAAAUGCUUGCUGCAAAUAAUUUAGAAAAAAUUCAACUUACAAGUCAUGAUAUUCAAUGUAAACGUGUAGGAGUAGUUGCAAUUCUUUAUGAUGCAUUGCCAUCUCAAUGUAAACAAUGUGGAAUCAGGUAUGCUAAAGAUUCUAAAAAGAUUGGUAUACACUUGGAUUGGCAUUUUAGACAAAAUCGUAAGAUGAAAGAGAAGGCAAAGAAAGCUCAAAAAUCAGAUUCAAAAAAUGGAAACACACCAACAUUUUUUGAAUCCAAUUCCAAUUCUUUUAAAUUAAAUAAAAAUAUUAGUGGUAUUAGUACUAGUAAAAAAUUUCAAGUGUUUUGGAAUGAUAAUGAAGAAGAAUGGAUGUUUAGAAAUGCUGUGGAAAUUAAUGAUGGUAUUAUUUGUCAUGCUACCUGUCACGCUGAUGCAUUAAAG